CGGUGGCUGUAAAGUAAAUAAAAUCAUCUAUAAGGGUCUACAAUGAACGCUUCCGUUGUCUAAUAACGGACAUUAACGGUUACCGACAUCCCCGACAUCAGCAGACAUCUGACCGUCUCUGAGCACUCACAGCCCGGGCUGCUGCCUCACGAAGCCCGGCCACAAGACGACCUAUCCACCGCUGAUUGUCCCGGUCCGACCCGGGCCAGAGGCCAACGGUGACGCGGAGAUACCGACAGACUGCCGUUAUUCUGUUUAACCAGCUUGGGUCGGUGCGGUACCGUGACGUUACAGAGUAUGAAGCCGAUCUGGGUCUAUGAGUGAAUCUGCCUGCUGUUAAACGGAGAUUGUCUCUAUAGUCUCUUUAUCAGCAGUUUGGCGGGCUCAGGCUCCGGUCCCAUUGUUUUCCUCUCUGUUUGUCGGUGCCGGUGUCUUCCGUCCAGGUGUUCGGUCCAAACAUGGAGAAUAUUCCAGACACGGGCCCGCAGGUGGAGCUGGUCCUUCGCGCUCCUUCGUAGCUCUUCCCGGGCAGCAGUGCCCGGGUGUCGCCGUCCGUGAUGAGACCCGCCGGGGCAAGUUUUGAACCAGGUGGCGGCAGUAAGAUGGCGUCGGAGGCUGCGCAGUAGGAAAACGGGCGCUGACGUCACAGUGCAGGAGACCGCAUGCAGUUUUUCCAGAGUAAAGAGCCACGAUGUCGACGAUUUUUGGUCGACGGAACCACCGACACUACCGCUGGGAUUAACGGAGAAACGGAGGAAAAAACACGUGAUCUACCGGCUGAAGGUUGUCUUUAAACUGACAAGUGCCUUUUCCUGGAAUGAUUCAUGAGUAGAAACUAAAGGAUGCUGUCCUGAAGCCGGUCUCAAACUGCAGGAUCAUCCUGCGCUGUAGAUGUCCAUCACCUGUACAUGGCUUCAAAGAAGAAGCAGAGAGGGAUGGGGUGUCAUGAAGAGGGGGGGUCCACACCUGUGGGAGAACGCCCACCUGCGUGCUUUGCUGCUCUCAGACCUUGUAGGACCUAUGAAGGCAGAAAACACUGCUCUGGUGUGACCAAUGAAGAGGCAGCUACGAUGGCUAAACCCAACACAAAGCCAUCAGAGGAAACUGCACCUGUCAGACUUUCUGACGGGAAGCUUCUAGCCACUUCAGACGGCCUGUCAGCCGCCUGCGUCUGCAAAGGAAUCAGAGUGACGCUGGACAACAACAGCAUGUGGAACGAGUUCUUCAACUGCAGAACGGAGAUGAUUCUGACCAAACAAGGCAGCAGGAUGUUCCCCUACUGUCGUUUCCGUCUCUCGGGCCUGCAGCCGUCCAGGAGGUACUCGUUGCUGAUGGACAUUCAACUGCUGGAUAAUAAUCGAUAUGAGUGGACAGGCAGCAGCUGGCAGGUUGCUGGGAAGGCGGGGCCUCAGGUGAAGAAUGCCCCAUUUGCACAUCCAGAGUCCCCAUCAACAGGCCAACACUGGAUGCAGAGCCCAGUGUCCUUUUACAAACUGAAACUGACAAACAACCCGACGGACCAGGAGGGCAACACCAUCCUCAGUCCCAUGCACCGUUACCUCCCCCGCCUUCACGUGGUCCAAACAGACAAACCCACUAAAGACAUAAACCUGAACAGCACUGCUGUCUGCACCUUCACCUUCCCUCAGACGGAGUUCAUGGCGGUCACAGCGUAUCAGAACCGUCACUUUGCUCAGCUCAAAGUGGAUUGUAACCCGUUCGCCAAAGGACUGAAGGAGGACGUCUCCACGCUGAAAGGUUCAAAGCUAAAACUGAACACUAAAAAAGAUGCAGACACAACGGCCAACAAGCUGCUACCUGUGAAGAAGAGCUUAAAGUCCUUGCUGGAAAACCACAAACCUAGGACCUCAAAAACAACAGGGUGGAAGCCCUCGGUGUCAGGUGACCCACACGCCACAAACAGCACUGAGUCAGUGUUAAAGAUCUCAGAGGAGCAUUCACGUUCUCCUCCAGCUCAGAAGUUAAUCUCCGAGCUGAUCCGCGAGGCACACGUUUCUCUACAAAGAUGCAGCCUGGACCAGCUAAGCAUCCACAACAACAUCCUUCACACAACCGAGCAGAGAAACACUAACACAACAACUCUGAAACACAACGGACACAAGAGCAGUAAAUCUGCCACAAAACCCAGUGAGACACCGCCGGCAAAUCAAGGAGAAGAUGGUGUAAAAACCAGGAGGUUCAGGCAGGACUCUGGGAGGUCACUUAGCUGCAGGAACAACACCCGCACCAGCCACAUUGCUUCAUCAGCUCCAACACCUUCAUCAGCUCCUUCACCUGCUCCAUCAGCAUCUCUAAACUCCUCUGUGGACUCUGACCUCCAUCCAAAGCCUUCACCUCUGUCAGAGGACAAGGUUAAACUGCACAAACGUCCGGCCCCGCUGCCUUUGCCAGCUCUAGCUCUUUUUUUAAAGCAGCACUCCACAAAAACUAAAAAAGUCAAGAGCACGCAGGAUUCUCUUACCAAAGCAACUCCAUCUCAACCUGCAGCUGAACCUCCAUCUCAACCUGCAGCUGAACCUCCAUCUCAACCUGCAGCUGAACCUCCAUCCCCGUCUGAGCCUCCCUCUGAGCUCUUGUCUAAACCUGUCAGCUUGGAUCCUGGUCCCAUAAAGGACCUCUCCCGUGAGCUCAUGAACACAGUGUCCUCUCCUGCUGAUGAGCAUGUCUCUCCUGAUGCAGCAGUCCUUAAAGUUCACGUUCAGGCUGAUGAACCCUGUCAGUCAGGUGUGGAAGCACCAGCCACUUCAGACUCAAAUGAACAACAACCUGUGGAGGCCUCUGUUUCAGAUCCUGAAGGUGACUGUCCAACACCAGAUGAUAGUUCACUGGUAUUAUCCAAUUCAGGUGAUCCUUUAUGUCCUUUCUCCAUGUCCUCAUCUCUUAUCCACUCGUCGUCCUGUGAACCGGCGUUACCCGUUCACAUUUCACCUCCAUUAGACCAGCCCGCCCUGAAGGCCGACUCUCUGCUCCCUGAUCCAGAAUGUUCUUUUGUCUUUGAGUCAUUAUCUCCUGUGAGUUCUCCCUCGCUGUUACCUUCCCUGCCUGUUUCUUUAACAUUAGAUCUGGACUCUCAGACAUCUGAACAUGAAGCGUUACACAGUGAAGACGACUCUGCGUCUGUGUUUAAAUGGCACACAGUAUUACCUCAACCUGAGCCCUAUGUCGGCUCAUCAUUCACUACAUUUCAGCCCACGCCCCAAACACUACCUCUAGCCUCCGAUAGCUCACCUAUGCUGCCUUCAGAGACCACCUCCCUCCCUGAACCACAGUCUCUGCACCCGGCCACACCCCAACCUGAAAUGACACCACCCUUUCAGGUGAAUGAACAGUCGCUGCCUUUCCCUGCAGAGCUGUCCCCCCUGGCUCUCCAGCUGCCCCUUUCUCCAACCUUCUCCUCUUUAGAUGGAGAUGCUUUGUCACCCACUCCUUCACUUGCAGACCUAGUCCACUUUUUCUCCAUCGAUGAUGACCUUGGAAUUGGGGUGGAGUUUUCAAACUCGGAGGUGGUGUCUGCAAACUACCCACCUCCAGUUACAGGGGAAGCAGUUACACAGGAGUCGCCUCAGCAACUGCAGACAGUGCAAGCAGGCAAACCUGGAAAGCGUAAGAAAAAGUCGAGGCGGAAAAAGGUCUCUAAGACCUUAACAGAUCAGGAGACGGACAUCUCCACCUACACCUGCAUGCAGCCAAACCUGGAGAAGGUGGAGGAGCAGCUGUUCAUCUCCUUUACAUCAAAGGAGGCCCUCAAACUUCACAUCACAGACUCAACUAGAGGAUCUGUCUCUCAGACAACACCUCAAGAUCACCUAAGGACACCUGAAAGUCAAACAAGGACACCUGAAGGUCAAACAAAGGCACCUGAAGGUCAAGCAAGGACACCUGGAGGUCAAACAAGGACACCUGAAGGUCAAACAAAGGCACCUGAAGGUCAAACAAGGACACCUGGAGGUCAAACAAAGAUACCUCAAGAUCGAAUAAGGAUACCUGAAGGUCAUUUGAUCACACCUGAAGCUCACCUGCAGACACCUGAGUACUCCGCUGAGCAUGCAGACGGUCUGGAGGAGGAGGUGGCUUCCUCCCAGAAGAUUCUUCUCAGAGACCUCAAGGUGAUGAGACACCGACAGGUGAUACAUCCUGUGCUGCAGGCAGUUGGUUUGAAGAUGAACCUGCUGGAUCCAGCUCAGGCCGUAGACCUCCAAUACCUUGGAGUUCGUCUGCCCCUCCCCCUGCCUGGACUCUCAGAGAAUCCACCAAACCCAGGUGUCUGCAGUGCCUUUGUGUCUCGAACAGGAAAAACCACAGAUGUGACCCAGAUCAAAGGCUGGAGAGAAAAGUUCAGUCCAUCGGAGACUCCGGUCCCUCCUGUUCUACCUGAAGCUGGGCCCAGUUCUGACCUGCAGAAGAAGAACCUGUCAGCGUUCUGCAGUGACAUGUUGGAUGAGUACCUCGAGAAUGAGGGGAAGCUGAUUGAUGAGCGGGCUGACAGCUUUGCUCAGCCCCAGCUGGACCCCCCGGUCUACCAGUUGCCCACUACCAGCACCAGCUACGUCCGAACCCUGGACAGCGUCCUGAAGAAGCAGACCACUUCAGAACUGAUUUCUGGAUUCAUUCCCCCCUCCAAGAGACCCAAAUUCACUCUAAAGGAGUCCCGAACCUCCAGAAGAGAAACUCCCAAGCCAAGGGGUCCAAAACCACACAAACCCAGAUUAGAAUCUACCCCUGUUGGAUCCAGUCUAGCUGAGUCAAACCUGGACUCUAAACAGCACACAGUCCCAGUUCCAGAUGCCUCCCCUCCUUCAGCAGCCCCGCCUAUGUCAACAGCCCCCUCUCCAUCAGGGCCCUUGGUCCUCUUCAGCAAACCUAAGAGACUGAAACCCCACCCGAGGGACCCCUUUGGAUUACCUCAGACCCCCAUGGUAAAGAAGAGGAGGAAGCUCAAAUCCAUGUCCCAGUCCCCCUUCCACACAGGCUCCUCUGACCCAUCUCUCCUUAACAAAGAGGGUCUGGAUCCUCUGGAGUCAGACUCUGAACUGACAGAACAGGGUCGUCUUCCACUGAUGACAAGGGCGCUGCUGAGACAGAAGGACCUGGAGGAAGGGGCGGUCUGGGAGGGAAAUCCAAGAACCAGAAUCACUAAAGACAGGGCUGCCAUCGCUCUGACGUCACUGUUUACUCUAAAGGGUUUUGUGGUUGAGAACCCGACCACACCGGUCCAGGUCUCUGGCCGCCCCCCUCCUCCCUGCCUGAAUGAGUUCUGCCGGCUGGGUUGCGUGUGUGUCAGCCUCUCCUACUGCUACAGGAUCAGCCACUGUGGACGGCCCGCCUGCAUGCUGGGCUGCAGCUGCCUUAAACAGAAGGUGGUUCUGCUCAAAAACCUGGAACCAGACUCCAGCCCAUCCCACCAAGGAGCCAGGAGGAGGAGGAAGAGGAGGAUGAAGAUGGCCUAUGUUUUAAAGGAGGCCGACAGCGUUUCCCAGCCUGCAGAGCGGGUCCGGACUCUGUGGAAGAGGUCUGCAGAAGACUCAGAACCGAUCCACACCCCUAAACCCGGUCAUCGGCCCCACCCCCCAUCUGAGAGGAGCGAGGCAGGCGGCUGUGCCAGGGUCAGAGUGUACCAUCUUAAGAGGCGGAGCCACAAGUUGAAGAAAGCACCUGAAGAAAGACGGCCUGAGCAUGCUCGUUUAAAAUGUGUAAAACUGAAGGAAGCUCACAGCCCCACCCCUUCAGCAGAUACAGGUACGCUUCAGGCUCUGGGUCCUGGCUCCGAGUUGGCCCCGAAGCCAUCGAAGCGUCUGAUCAUCUUGGCGGAGGGAAAGUGGGGCAGUGCUGCGGACAGGAGCCAGGUGUUGACUCACCUGUGUGAGCGGAUGGCUCGUGACCAGCUCAAUCAGCCGUUCAUGGUCAGAGGUUACCGCAUCACUCCCAUCAGCCAAACUGCCGAGGGAACCGGAGCAGACAGCUGCGUCCAGUACAGAGUCCACAUCUCCAGAUUAGAGCGAGAGAGAGAUAACACACCUGGACAGAAUCAAAGGAAACAAAAAGAGGUGAAGGAAGGUUGGAAGCAAAACGUUGAAAAGGAAGAAGCUAAUCCUAUGGAAGACUUCCAGCAAGAGGUGGAACAGGAUGACGCAGAGCCUAUGGAAGAUUGGCAGCGAGAGGUAGAACAGGAUGAGGCGGAGCCUAUUGAAGAUUGGCAGCGAGAGGUGGAACAGGAAGAGGCAGAGACUAUGGAGGAUUGGCAGCGAGAGGUGGAGGAAGAAGAGGUGGAGCCUAUGGAAGAUUGGCAAAGAAAAGUACAGGAAGAAGAGGCUGAGCGACAGGAAGUUACCCGUGGGGGGGAGGUGGAGUCUGAAGGUAUCAAGGCGGAUGGUUGGAGCAUCAGAGAGGAGGAAAUAACAUCAGAGAAGGAGAGGAUGGUCAGUCUUGGUCUGCCGUUCCUUACUGGAGUCUCACCUGCAGGCUUCCUGUCCACCAACAGGAAACAGCCUGGAGGAACAGACCACCUGAUCCAGGUAAAUGGGAAGCCGUAUCCACUGGCUAAGAUCCAGCUGGGACUGAUGGGGGCGCUCCAUCCUGCUAACAGGUUAGCAGCAUACCUGACGGGGCGGGUUGGUUCAGCCAGGAAGCAGCCAGGCUCCACCCCCACACCUCCACAGAAUUUAAGACUGCCCCCAAACCCCACGGCCUCCUCUUCUUCUAUGGCGCUCAUCCCCUCACCCAAACCUCAGUCAUCAGUCACAGUUCUUGCCAUCCAGGCUGCACCCACAGACUCUCACCUGCCCGUCACUCUGCACCAAUCAGCAGCCUCAUCUCACCAGCCAGCUACUGAGAAGGCGGGGCCUCGGCUAAUGACAGUGAAGCUGUACCCUCAUCAAAUCGCUGCAGCCAGUCAGCUAAAAGCUUUACCUACAGCAUCUUUAGGCUCCACCCACCAAACAGGUUCAGGGUCACCAAAGGUUACUCAGCUGGUCAUGGUUCCAGCUCCUGGUCUUGUCCCGUGUUCUGUUCCAAAUACUCAUGGUCCGGCCCCCCCUUCCCCUGGUCCGAAGAUGAUCCUUAAGCCUGUCCAGACUACUUCACGUGACCAGAUCUACCGUAGACCAGAUGGGAAACUGGUCCGUCUGGUCCCCAUCAGUCAGCUGAGACCAGUUCCCCGGGACCAGCCUAUGAUCCAGGGCCAGCCCAAGGUCCAGUACCAGUCAGUGACCCAGUCUGUGCAGAAAGUAUCCUGUCAGACCCCAGUUCUAACUGUUGGAUUGAUGCCCCAUCAGACAGUCCCUCUGGCUCCUCUUCCCAUCAGGCCACACUCCCCCUCUCUAGGUCCUGUCCCAGCCAAGGCCCAGCCCCCUGUGGUUGGAGCCCAGGCCCAGAAGGGGACCUGCAGCUUUAAAAUCGUUCCCUCUGACACCUCAAAGGAACCAGUGAUAGUUACCUGUGUAAAAGUCCCGCCCCCUCCCCCCACCAAGGUGGUGACAGGCCCUGCCCCCUUUACCCUACUCCAGUCCCACCCCUCCGAGGCCCCCACAAACCUCCUCUCCCUCAGUCAAGCCACAGGUGGAGGGGCGGGCCUUGGGGUGAAAACUGUGAGUGUGGCCCCGGGGGGGGUCGUGGUCCAUUCUAAACCUCAAACCAUAAUUCAGGCCCCUGCCAUGACCUCCCCUCCCCCUUCAGGACUACUAGGGGUCCAGGUUCCUCCCAGACCCUCACCCCCAACUUCAGAGCUGCCAGUGGUCCAGGUUCGCUCCAGAACCCAGCCCCACCCUCUGGGUGUUCCAGGCUCAGAGGUGACAUCCCUGCCAGACAGGACCAGACAGGAGCAGAAAAGCAACCUGGUUGACCUCGAUGCCACGUGCACGGAGACGGAAGUGGUCACCACGGGUAUGGUAGACAGGGCCAGGCCGGGGUCAGUAACGGUGGAUCUGGAAGGGUCAGAGACAACCGAGACAGAAAACUCCUCAGACCUGGAGGAUGAAACAGAUGAAGAGCUGGAGCCGGUCAGGACUCAGAUGUCAUCAGAUCAGCGUCUCACACACAACCUGAUGGAGCGGGAGCGUCGAGGAAAAUUGAGGAACCUGUUUAAAAGACUGAGGAGUGAACUGGGGCAGGAGGAGAAGACUCCCAAAGUCCACAUCCUUAAAAAGGCGGCUGAGGUGAUCCAGAAUCUGAGGACCACAGAAACCAGUCUGACAAGGCUGAAGAGGAUUCUGACAAAGAGGAGGGAUGACUAUCUCUGCACCAUCGCUCCAUCCACAGACCUCUCCCUGUCAGGGUCAAAGGAGGCGGAGCCUCUGACAGACACAGAGGACGAGCGGACAGAGAACUCAUCUGAUGAGGAUGUAGCCGUCACAUCGAUGACCAAUAAGAUGACCUCUCACCUGAAUCCGGGUCGGACCGGUCUGUCAGACUCCAAAGAAGGUUUCAGUGACAGGAAGUCCCCGAGUGACCAGAGAGUCCAUGCCGCCUUCACUGCCCUCCGCUCAGUCCUGAACGAUCACCACUCUGCUGAGACGCAGCUGCUGAGACAGGCUCGCCGUGAGAUCCGGACGCUGGAGUGUGAGAUGAAUUUGCUGAAGAGUCUGAAGAUUUGUCUGAAGCAGCAGAGAGAUGCCUACAGGAGGAAGAUCUCAGCAGGUCAGAUAAACCUCAGGAUCUCCAGGAAGCAGCUGCCAUCCAAUCAGCUGCCAGUUGCACACAUUGGUGGGGUUUUCUCAUCAGCUGAUGAUGACAUCACAUCACAAUCCUCCGAUCAGCAGCAACUUUCAGAAGCUCCACCCGCUAUGGCCCCGCCUACAGAUUCACUCUCAGUGAAAUCUGAGCCUGUUUCUGUACCUGUCCUAGCUCCGCCCACCGUCACACCUGCGCAGACACCCGAACCUUUACCUGUACCUCUCCUGGCCCCACCCUCAGUCUCCCAAAAUGCACCUGUGCUAAGGGACAGAGCGAGGACGAUCCCAAACAUCCUGAGUCGCAGUAAGAAGACGAUGACAGGGUCACCUUCCUUUCAGGCACUGGUUCCCUCAGAGGUUUUAUCGUUUGUCCCGGUUCAGCCCAUCCUGACCAUGAAUCCGAUGAUGUCACAGCCUGCAGUUCUGCAGACAUCGACUCAGCCUGGCGUGGCCACAGUCACCCUCAACAUCACUGGUCUGACCAAUCAGCAGAUCCACCUCACACCAUUGUCCUGCCCACAAACUGCUACAAAUGUCAACAACUUAAUGCAACUUGUUCAACCAUCAACACAACUGGCAAGUGAGCAGCAACAAGCAGAUCAGCAACCACCAAACCAACAUCAACAACUAGCAGCCCACCAACCACUGACCCAGCUUCAGUCUGUUCAGCAACCAGCAAUUCGGCAGUGUGAUGAGUCACAACCCACAGGACAACAGCAACAACCAACAGGACAACAGCAACAACCAACAGGACAACAGCCCAUGGGACAACAGCAACAACCAACAGGACAACAGCCCAUGGGACAACAGCAACAACCAACAGGACAACAGCGCAUGGGACAACAGCAACAACCAACAGGACAACAGCGCAUGGGACAACAGCAACAACCAACAGGACAACAACCCAUGGGACAACAGCAACAACCAACAGGACAACAACCCAAGGGACAACAGCUAACCCCACCUCCUCAGGAGUGUCCCACAGAGUCCUCCCCCAUUCUCGGUUCAGGUCUGAGGGCAGCCACCUUGGGGGGCGGGGCUGAUGGUCUGACAUCACUCCUGGAUGAGAUCCACUUCCUGAACCAGCAGCCUAUUAUCUCAGAGACUACACAAGACGAGGCGGAGCUACAGGAGGAGUGUGGUACCUUGGGUGGGGAACCUGAACAGGGUGGACCAUGGCUCCUGGAGCUGGACUCUGACUCUGAUGAUGCUGUUCCCAUGGAGAAGGCGGAGACUGCAGACAGCCAAUCAGAGCUCAGACAUGUUGUGAAGACUCCACCCCCUCUUCUUCAGAUGAAGGUGGGCGGGGCCAGAGAGGCAGAGCUAUCAAGCAGUGAGGGGGGUGGGGACAGGGGGAGAGAAGAGGGCGUGUCCUGGAGGCCAAUGCCAAGGCUGGUCCCUUUGGGGCUUAGAGGACAUGCCACCAACUAAUAUCACAGCUGGCUCAGGACCUGAUUGGGUAAUGGACUUGAAGCUCACUGAUUGGCUGAAUUCUGAGUCAACAUUUCUGUGGCAUCAUUUCCUGUUGGUAAUGAGAUCAGUCGAACUAUCAGCGUACGCCAUUGGUCAAUCUUUAAUACAUUAACUUAAUGCAGUGCUCAGCAACUUGAGCAACCAUAAGCAAGAGCAACUGGUAACUAGAGCAACUGGCCAGUGACUAGGGCAACUGGUGACUAAAGCAACCUACAACCACAGCGACCAAUGACUAGAGCAACUGGUAACUAAAGCAACCAACAACCACAGCAACCAAUGACUAGAGCAACUGUUAACUAAAGCAACCAACAACCACAGCAACCAAUGACUAGAGCAACUGGUAACUAAAGCAACAGACAACCACACCAACCAAUGACUAGAGCAACUGGUGACUAAAGCAACCAACAACCACAGCAACCAAUGACUAGAGCAACUGGUAACUAUAGCAACAGACAACCACACCAACCAAUGACUAGAGCAACUGGUGACUAAAGCAACCAACAACCACAGCAACCAAUGACUAGAGCAACUGGUGACUAAAGCAACCAACAACCACAAUGACUAGAGCAACUGGUGACUAAAGCAACCAACAACCACAAUGACUAGAGCAACUGUUGACUAAAGCAACCAACAACCACAGUAACCAAUGACUAGAGCAACUGGUAACCAGAACCACAGCAACCAACCUGGUUAAGCAUAGGAAAUGGCAACUAGAGCAAAAAGCUCUAAGAGGAGUAGAUUAACCGUUGACCAGAGCAAUGUCCCAUUCGUCUGAUGUGGCUGAAUCUGAUCAGUCUGUGCCUCUGACCUCCAAAGACUCGUGUAUGUUUGAGUUUGUCGGUGGUGAGGGAUUUGUGCCACGAACCACUGAAGUCUAAGUCUGUGGCCCAAAUCCCUCUCAGUGUGUUUGUUGAUGAGAAUGGGAAGCAGCAGAAAUGUUUAAAAUCUUUGUUUUUUAUUAAAGAAACUGUUAA